AGGAAGAGAAACUCACACAGUCACUGACACUGAGAGGAGAAAUGGCACAGAAAGGAGUUCAGCUGGACCGAGAAACCUUCUCUUGUUCCAUCUGUUUGGAUCUACUGCAGGAUCCGGUGACUACAACCUGUGGACACAGCUACUGCAUGAACUGUAUUAAAAGUUUCUGGGAUGAAGAGGACAGGAAGGGAAUCCACAGCUGCCCUCAGUGCAGGAAGACUUUCACACCGAGGCCUGUCCUGGAGAAAAACACCAUGUUAGCAGCUUUAGUGGAGCAGCUGAAGAAGACUGGACUCCAAGCUGCUCCAGCUGAUCACUGCUAUGCUGGACCUGAAGAUGUGGCCUGUGAUGUCUGCACUGGGAGGAAGCUGAAAGCCAUCAAGUCCUGUUUAGUCUGUGUGAUCUCCUACUGUGAGAAACACCUCCAGCCUCACUAUGAUGCAGCUCCAUUAAAGAAACACAAGCUGGUGGCCCCCUCCAAGAAGCUCCAGGAGAACAUCUGCUCUCGUCAUGAUGAGGUGAUGAAGAUUUUCUGUCGUACUGAUCAGCAGAGUAUCUGUUAUCUCUGCACAAUGGAUGAACAUAAAGGCCAUGAAACAGUCCCAGCUGCAGCAGAAACGACUGAGAAGCAGAAGGAGCUCGAGGUGAGACGACUAAACAUCCAGCAGAGAAUCCAGGAGCGAGAGAAAGAUGUGAAGCUGCUUCAACAGGAGGUGGAGGCCAUCAAUGGCUCUGCUGAUAAAGCAGUGGAGGACAGUGAGAAGAUGUUCACUGAGCUGAUCCGUCUCAUCCAGAAAAGAAGCUCUGAUGUGAAGCAGCAGGUCAGAUCCCAGCAGGAAACUGAAGUGAGUCGAGUCAAAGAGCUUCAGGAGAAGCUGGAGCAGGAGAUCGCUGAGCUGAAGAGGAAAGACGGCGAGCUGGAGCAGCUCUCACACACAGAGGAUCACAACCAGUUUCUACACAACUACCCCUCACUGUCAGCACUCAGUGAGUCUACACACUCAUCCAGCAUCAAUAUUCGUCCUCUGAGGUACUUUGAGGAUGUGACAGCAGCUGUGUCAGAGACCAGAGAUAAACUACAGGACAUUCUGAGAGAGGAAUGGACAAACAUCUCACUGACAGUCACUGAAGAGGAUGUUUUACUGUCACCACCAGAGCCAAAGACCAGAGCUGGAUUCUUACAAUAUUCACGUGAAAUCACACUGGAUCCAAACACAGCAAACACACAUCUGUUAUUAUCUGAUGGGAACAGAAAAGUAACAAGAAUGAAACAACAACAGUCUUAUUCUGAUCAUCCAGACAGAUUCAUUGGAUGUUAUCAGGUCCUGAGUAGAGAGAGUCUGACUGGACGUUGUUACUGGGAGGUGGAGUCGAGAGGGGCAGAGGUUUGUGUAGCAGUCACAUACAAGAAUGUCAUCAGGGCAGGGACAGGCAGUGAAUGUUUGCUUGGAUACAAUGACAAAUCUUGGGCAUUAUAUUGUGACAACAACAGUUAUAUAUUUCUGCACAACAAUGUCCAAACUGUCCUCUCAGGUCCUCGGUCCUCCAGAGUAGGAGUGUACCUGGAUCACAGAGCAGGUAUUCUGUCUUUCUACAGCGUCUCUGAAACCAUGACUCUCCUCCACAGAGUCCAGACCACAUUCACUCAGCCGCUCUAUGCUGGACUUUGGCUUUGCGAUGAUGGAGACACUGCAGAGUUGAUUAAAGUCAAAUAGAGAAGACAGGUUCAUGUUGAUCCCUGACCAUUAUAUGUACUUGUGUAGUUUCUAAAUGAGGCUUUACAUUUUAGAAGCUGAGAAGUUCAGUGGUCCAUUGAUGUGUGAAAAUAAUAUUGCACUGAUUCAAACUGUACUUACAUUUAUAUACCUUACAUCAAUAUAAAUCUGAAUUUGUUCUUAUGGCUGAUAAUCAUGUGAGUUUAAAUGAUACUACUCUUCAUAUUCAGCAUGUUUGAAAUCUUUCAUCAGUCUGGUUAAGCUGGGCAUACACUAUGUG